CCUACGGAGCCCAAAAUGGGAAGUGAACUGGACAGCUUUGUGGUGCUCUGAGUGCAAGUCAUUUUUAAAGUGCGCGUCUGGAUCUCAAGAAAGAAAGAAAGAAAAAGGGAGAGUGAGAGAGACAAAAAGUUGAGGCGGCAAGACAAGAGAAAAUGGCCGGAGGGGGUUUCGCCGGGGAUGGCCACGCCGGGAGCUUCACCGGCCGGUUGACUGCAUCCGUUGUGAUCACCUGCAUCGUUGCUGCUUCCGGCGGCCUGAUAUUCGGCUACGAUAUUGGAAUUUCAGGGGGUGUGACAACAAUGAAGCCAUUUCUCCACAAAUUCUUCCCAUCGAUACUAAGAAAGGAAGCUGAGGCCAAGACAAACGUGUAUUGCGUGUACGACAGCCAAGCUUUGACGGCAUUCACGUCUUCGCUAUACAUUGCGGGAUUGGUCGCAUCCUUGGCGGCCAGUCGCCUCACGGCGGCGUUGGGCCGCAGGAACACCAUGGUGCUCGGAGGUUGCACCUUUCUAGCCGGCGCUGCCGUCAACGGUGGCGCUGAGAACGUUGCUAUGCUCAUUCUGGGUCGAAUCUUGCUCGGAUUUGGGGUUGGCUUCACUAACCAGGCAACUCCUCUUUACCUCUCGGAGAUGUCGCCGCCGAAAUGGCGCGGAGCGUUCAACACCGGCUUCCAAUUCUUCAUCGGCAUCGGAGUCGUUACAGCCAAUUGCUUGAACUACGGCGCCGCCCGCCUCAGCUACGGCUGGCGACUCUCCCUAGGCCUCGCGGGGGUGCCGGCCGCCAUCAUGACAGUCGGCGCACUCUUGAUCACAGAAUCUCCAAGCAGCCUCGUGGAGCGCGGUCGGCUGGACGAGGCCAGGCGAUCUCUGCGCAAAGUCCGCGGCCGCAGCGCCGACAUUGAAGCCGAGCUAGCCGAUUUAGUCAAGUGGAGCGAGAUGGCCAAGGCGGCGAGGGAGGAGCCGUUCGUCAGCAUAUUUGAGCGGCAGCAUCGGCCUCACUUGGUUAUGGCCGUCUCGAUACCGUUCUUCCAACAGGUCACCGGAAUUAAUAUCAUUGCCUUCUACGCGCCGGCUCUGUUUCAGUCAGUGGGAUUCGGGAGCGAGUCGGCUUUGAUAGCGGCGAUUAUACUUGGAUUGGUUAAUCUCGGCUCCAUCCUCGUGUCCACGGUGGUUGUCGACCGCUUCGGACGGAGGCUUCUGUUCUUGCAGGGCGGCGCUCAAAUGUUCAUCAGUCAGGUGGCGGUGGCUUGCGUGCUCGCUGAGACGACGGGCGUUUCCGGCGAGAAGCACAUCUCCAAGGGGAGCGCCAUACUGGUGCUGGUGCUAAUGUGCGUCUACGCCGCCGGGUUCGGCUGGUCUUGGGGGCCUCUAAGCUGGCUGAUUCCGAGCGAAAUAUUCCCGAUGAAGAUCCGGACCACCGGGCAGAGCAUAAGCGUGGCCGUGAACUUCGCCACCACGUUCGUGUUGAGCCAGACCUUCUUGAGCAUGCUCUGCCACUUCAAAUUCGGCGCUUUCCUCUUCUACGCCGGCUGGAUCGGUGCCAUGACCGUCUUCGUUCUGCUCUUCGUGCCGGAGACCAAAGGCAUUGCUCUCAACUCCAUGGGCGCGGUUUGGGAGCGGCAUUGGUACUGGCGGAGAUUCGUUCAGGCUCAGUCCUAGUAAUUAAACUGCUGCCCGGAGGUGUUGUAUCCAGGUCCUAUGCCACGGCUACCCGCAUAAAAUCUUCUUCUUUCUUAUUUAUCGUUACCUCUGCAUGUUUAGAAAUUACAAUAUAUAUAAUAAUCAGUAAUUACCAAAAAUAUAAAUAUAUAUCUACAAAUUAA